UGCAGAUCAAAACAGUUGGUUGAUAAUAAUGGCAAAUAGUGAUAAAUAAAAUUGUUUUGAAUGACAUAAAUAUUUUGACGAAUAUUCUUUUGUAAUAUAAUUUUAAGAUUUUCUUAGUUUUAUAUUAAUUCCAAUAUGUCACACUUGAGAAUGUUCUUAAAAUGUUUUAAUUCACCUUCUCUUCAUAUGAUUUAUCAGGAUUCUAAUUUUUCGGGAAAAUAUGUAAGAGACAGAUGGGAGAGAUUAGGUGAUUUUUCUUUGAAUUGCGUUGUAAUAUUUUGGAAGCUCAGUAUUUUCACCACACCUCUAAUAGCAAUAUUUUUUUAUCGAAGAGGCUAUAUGAAUAUGGAAGGUGCUGCAUCACUUACAAAAAUGUCACUAUGGUUCGGAUUAUUUAUUGGAGCUUCAUUUUGUCUGCGCAGCUAUGGAAGAGCUUCUAAUCCUCAAUAUAGGUUUUUCCUCGAAAAAUUAAAUAAUGCUGUAACUCCUAGAGGUCUUGGUGAAAUUAAACAAUUUGAUUUUGAUUUUGAAGCCUGGCCUGUAGAAUUUCAAUUACCUAUACGAACUUCCAAAAAAGUUGAACCCAAGAAAAGUAUAUUCUCUUCUCUAAUUAGUAGUCCUUGUUCAAUAAUAGGAUAUUUAGUGCUUCAUACCGUUGGGAUUAGAAUGAUCUAUCCUGGUUCAAUUACUCUUCUUAACAUGUUACUUAAUUCUGCUCUGAUCGAUGGUAGAAAAGCUCUAAUUAACAAGAAUGGGCAACGAUUUAAACUUAAGACUCCAGAAGGAAAUACUGUUGAUACAAUGUUCAUUGAUAAAAGGAAUAAUGUUGGAAAUAAGAAAGGAAAUAUGCUAAUUUUAUGUACAGAAGGAAAUGCCGGAUUUUACGAAAAUGGAAUAAUGGGAACCCCAAUAGAAGCUGGAUUCUCUGUUUUAGGUUGGAAUCACCCAGGAUUUGGUUGCAGUACGGGAUUACCAUUUGUUGCUGAUGAAGAAGGAGCAAUCAAUACAGUAAUGGAAUUUGCCAUAAAUAAACUUGGCUUUGCCCCUGAUCAGAUUGUUUUAUAUGGAUGGAGCAUUGGUGGCUUCGCUUCAAGUUGGGCUGCAGAGGCUUAUCCUAAUGUUAGAGCUGUGGUAUUAGAUGCUACAUUUGAUGAUGUUCUUCCAUUGGCAUUGAACCAAAUGCCAAAUGCUCUGGAUUCUAUUGUAAGAGUUACCAUUCGUUCCUAUGCAGAUCUGAAUGUAGCUAGGCUAUUACUGAACUAUCCAGGAUUAAUCAAACUAAUACGACGAGCAGAUGAUGAAAUCAUUUCUAUUAUACCUGGAGAUAUCGCAACAAACAGGGGAAAUGAUUUGUUGAAAAAAGUAUUGAAAAGAAGAUACCCUAAUGUUAUUUCAGAUGAAGUUCUGACUGAAUGGUUAUCUAAAACUGGGUCUGAACAAAGAAGGCUAUCAGAUGAAAACAAUGUAAAUUUAUCUCUCAGUCGACAAAUGAUAGACAGUUAUAUAUAUGAUCAUGGGCCAGCAUUUCCUUUUACUGAAUUAGGGAAGAAUAUGGAUGAUGAUAUCAAAGCCCAGCUCACCAUAUAUCUUGCUGGCGAAUACAUGAAAGAUUAUGCAUCUACUCAUUGUGUUCCUUUACCUUCUCAAGUUUUCCAAGAACUCCUUGAAUCAAUUCUGUAAUAUUUUGUUUGAAGACUUGUGUAUAAACUUUUUUUUUUUUUUUUUAUAUUACAAACAUAAAAUAUUCAGUUUCUGCCAUGAUGAUUUGAGGUAUAUAUAUAUGUACACAAACUGAUGUCUGUUAAUUUAUUGUUAUAUUUUUUUUUAAGUUGUUAUUUUUGUAAUAUUUAUGUAUAGUUAUUAUAUUUUACAAUGUUUUAUUAGUUUGUUCUCAAUCACUUAAGAUCCUAAUAGGUCAAUGUGAUAAGACUGUUAUCCAUCCUUCAAAUGUUAUAACAAUAUUAACAAUUCAUACUAAAUAUUGUUUCAUAAAUUUAAUCAUUCAAGGAAGAUUUUAUUUAUGGAUGAGAAUUAUUCCACACAAAGAGAUGAAUCAGACAAAACAGAAUUAAGGCUUAUAUGUCAAAAAUCUAUAAAUAAACAUUUAGUUUUAAAUUUUAUUUCAAUAUGACUAGUAGUAAAAAUAAAUUGUUUUACUAU